AAUUUUAUUAAUUAUUAUGCUCUUUGGGUUAGACGUAUAAUUACUAUAAUUGGAUCAAGGAAAAUAAAUAAAUAUCAAUUUUUCAACUUCGUUACUACUUAUUUACCAGUGCAAUGUUUAUUUGAAUUGUUCUCUAAGUGUAUGUUUUGAGAUUGGACAUGGAAAAGAGAUCGUUAUUCGGCAAUUCAUAAAAAAUGCAUUACAAUAGGCAACAAUAAGGUCUCAUACAAAUUUGAGGAUGAUCUUAUCAGUAUGCCUUGUAAGUAGAAUAUUAUUAGAAACUUAAUUUCAUCUCUAUUGCCUCAUGACUGAUAAAAUGCAGGCAAAGAAGCGAUAUAUGACACUUGUUAUAUCAUGUGCAUUUUUAGUAUAUUUCUACUUCAGCAGUCAACAUAUAAAAUCAGAUGCAGCUCAAAGCAGUUAUUUGGAUCAGCUGCCCUCAUAUGCUACAUUAGAUGAACUGUCAGAAAUGCCUCCAAGAGAACAGAGAAGACCACAUUCUGCACCAAGGCCUUGCCGCAUGGAAACCUGUUUUGAUUUUACAAAGUGUGGAACUGAUCCUAAAAUUUAUGUCUACCCUACUGAUGGGCCUGCUAGUGCAUCAUAUCGAAAAGUAUUAUCAGUUAUAAGAGAAUCUCAGUAUGCAACAAGGGAUCCAAAUGAAGCAUGUCUUUUUUUGCCAGCUGUGGAUACACUGGAUGCUGACCCACUGUCUCCUGAACAUGCUCCUGAUGUGGCAGCACGCCUGUCAAGGCUUCCAUAUUGGAAUAAUGGCCGUAACCACUUGAUAUUUAACUUAUAUGCUGGUACUUGGCCUGAUUAUUCAGAAAGUGCUUUGGGCUUUGAGCCUGGUGAAGCCAUAUUGGCACGUGCUAGUGCAUCUGAGUCAAUUUUUCGUGAGGGAUUUGAUAUUUCUCUUCCAUUAUUCCACAAGGAACAUCCUGAACAUGGUGGAUCACCUGCUGCAGCCACAGCCAAUCCCUUCCCAGCACCAAGACGGCAUUUACUGGCAUUUAAGGGUAAACGUUAUGUGCAUGGAAUAGGCAGUGAAACAAGAAAUUCCUUGUGGCAUCUACAUGAUGGUAAUAACAUGGUUUUGGUUACAACUUGCCGACAUGGGAAGUCAUGGAAACACUUAAGGGAUGAACGGUGUGAUGAAGAUAAUAGAGAAUAUGAUAAAUUUGAUUAUGAGCAACUGUUAGCAAAUUCCACAUUCUGCCUGGUAGCUCGCGGGAGACGUCUAGGCUCGUAUCGCUUCCUGGAGUCUCUGGCGGCGGGCUGCGUGCCGGUGCUGCUGAGCAACGGCUGGCGGUUACCGUUCGACGAGCGCAUCGACUGGCGCCGCGCCGUCAUCUGGGCCGACGAGCGCCUACUUCUGCAGGUGCCGGAACUGGUGCGGACGGUGUCGCCCGAGCGCAUCCUCGCACUGCGACAGCAAACUCAAUUAUUAUGGGAGCAAUAUUUUUCUUCUAUAGAAAAAAUUGUCUUCACAACCAUAGAAAUAAUAUUUGAGCGCGUGCUAAUGCACCGCACGUCGCGGCAGCGCGAGGCUCUCGUGUGGAACAGCUGGCCGGGCGCUCUGGGCUCGCCGGCUACGUACGGGGACUCGCGCGCGCAGCUCCCGCGCGGCGCGCCCGCCCCCCCCCCGCCCCGCCCCACGCCCGCCCCGCCCGCUCCACUCCAGGCGCCCGAUGUGCCGCACGCCGCACCGCCGCCCACGCCAGGCACGUCGUUCACCGCGCUGCUUUACGUUCAGGCCACGUCGCCCGCGCUGCACCGCCUGCUGGCCAGCAUCGCGGCCAGCGAGCACGCGGAGAAGGUGGUAAUCGUGUGGGACAGCGACCGCGCCGCGCCGUCAUUAAAGUCGCUGGCGCGCGCCGCGGGCGACCCGCGCGACCCUCUGCCCGUGCUUGUCAUAGACGCUACUACUCACUAUCCUGGGGAGGGCGUGUCGGCGCGCUGGCAGCCGCUGUGGGCGGUGCCGACGGCGGCGGUGUUCUCCCUAGACGGCGACGCGCCGCUUCUGGCCGAGGAGCUGGACUUCGCCUUCCGCGUGUGGAAGGAGUUCCCGGAGCGCAUCGUCGGCUACCCGGCGCGCUCACACUUCUGGGAUGAGGCUAAGAACGCAUGGGGCUACAGCAGCAAAUGGGGCGGCGCGUACUCGCUCGUGCUCCCGGGCGCCGCGCUCGUGCACCGCGCGUGGCUCGCCGCCUACAGCGCCGCGCCGCCCGCGCUGCGCCAGGCCGUGCGCCGCGCGCGCAACUGCGAGGACAUCCUGCUCAACUGCCUCGUGGCGCACUACACGCGCCGCCCGCCGCUCAAGCUGGCGCAGCGGCGGCGCUACAAGCACCACCGGUACAGGUCACCAUGGAGCGACCCGGAGCACUUCGUGCAGCGGCAGUCCUGUCUGAACACGUUCGCGGCGGCGUGGGGCUACAUGCCGCUCGUGCGCUCCGUGCUGCGGCUCGACCCCAUCCUCUUCAAGGACCCCGUCUCCACGCUCAGGAAGAAGUAUAGGAAGAUGGAGCUGGUCGCUUCGUAAUUAGAUUUCCAGUGAGCUCGUGACUUGUAGUUGUGUUUAUGGGGCGCACAUUCUUCGAAAGUAGGCGUAAGUUGCUAUUGAUGCAACCGGCCCCUGGAGGCCACUUGAUACGGCCAUCGCUAAUUAAAUUAUAGCAAAUCUACCAUUAGUCUGGUUAGUAUUGACUCACGUUGAAAUUGUCGACGUUUGUCUUUGUUAGCGAUGUGAUUGGCGGUUAAGAGUUGAAUCGAUGAACAGUUAAUGUCAAAGAGUAAUGUAAGUAUGGUAGUAAAUGUAAGUACUUGUUUCAUAAAAAAAAAAUCUGCUCUAAUAUUAUUACUAGCUUCUGCCCGACAUCGUCUGCGUGGAAUGAUGAAUGAAAAAACUACCCUCCUUCGGGCCUCAGACUAUCUCCAUACCAAAUUUCAUCUAAAUCGAUUCAGCGGUUUAGGCGUGAAUAUGUAUAAUAUUAGUAGGGAUUAAUGCCUCUUCAGAAUUUUAGUUCUUUAAGCCGUUACAAGCAUCUUACAUACGUAGGCGAACAACUCGCGAACGCAAGCGAAGCGAUGCGGCGCGGCGCCUGAUGCGGCGGCCGAGCGAAUUUACCACGAAUGCGAAGCAGCGAAGAAGAAACAAACCGUUGAUACGUAUGGAAGUAUCCUAGGUGAGCGAUCUUGGCGCGAACGCGAAGCAAAGCGGCGCGGCGCGGCGCGAUGCGAUGGCCUUGUCCGACGUGGGUGCGUCUGUAUACACGUGCACGCGGAUUUAACGCGUGAUAUUAGGAACAUUCCCAAGGGUUAGAUAAAUUGAUACUAGUUAUCGACCUUAUUCCUAUUUAGUAAAGUUCAUUUUUGUAUUGUGUGCUUUAGGAAAUUGUCGUGAAAUUUAAAAAAAAAUAAUAAAAUACCUAGGGGCUCUGUAGACCUCGCUUAAUAAGCUACAUAGUUGAGUCAUUAUCACAGCGAACUCACAAUGGUCUUAAGUGCGAUAGACCCUACUGGUACUUAAGUCCUUUAUCUCAAUUUCCAAUAAAAAAAACGAAACGACAAAAAGAAAAUCUCUAAGGGCCGGUUUACACAUUGUUAAGUGGUAGUACAUACAUUCAAUGUAAACAGGCUGUAACUACCAAACCUGCUAAAAUAUUACGAAAAUCGGUUAUUAAAUGCGACCUGCAGAGGAGAACAUCCGAACAAUCUGAAACGGAGACCUUCGCUAACGCUCUGUCUAAAAACGAAACUAGGGGCUCUGUAAGUUGUAGACUAGGCUAGCGUCGCGUUCGCAUGUUUUCGCCUACGUAAGACGCCGUCUUAGCUAGUUUAGCAAAAAACUGAAAUCUGGAGUUUUUCCUAUUCUAAUCUACAUAAGUCUUAAUAAUAAUAAAUUUUGUAUAGCAUAAGACAAGUACAUGUGAUGUUUUUAAUGAAAAGGUACCUACUUACACUUUCGGUGGUCGACGACUUCGAUUUCUAAUGGCAUCCUUACCUCGUUCAUAACAACAGCACACUGUUAAGAGGUAAGUGUAAGUGUUGAUACGCAGAAUACAAGUAUACAAGGGGUCCCAUAAACACUCGAUAAUAGGUACAAAGAGGAGUGAAAGAAAACUAAUUUUAAGUAACUAUCAACUCUAACUCAUUAUGUACAAUCAGCUGCAGGGGGGGUGGGGUGGGGGUUUCAAUUAUAUCUGAUGAAUGAAUGAAGUUUUUAUUGUCACUCAUAACAUACAUGAUACAUAGGACUAAUCGUUAUCUAAUGAGCAUACAUCGCAAUCGAGGAGGCAUUUAGCGAGCACGUCUGUUAGUUAAGAUUUGCCAUUGGGCAUUAAGUCCACCAUUUGUACAUUGUCGUACUUAUAUAUUUUGUGCAAUAAAUUUUUAAUAAAUAAAUAAAUAAUCGUAUUUUACUAGUUCAUACACCUCGACCAAGGUUGGAACGGCCGCACCUCAAACGGCGCAAAUUUGCUGCCAUUGAUUCUGGUUGGAGACCCUUCAGGCCUUGGGGACCCGGAGCACACUGUAUGUUUGAGAGCUAGCGAAGCGUCUCACUGAUGUUACGGGUGACCAGAGGGCUGGUUCCUUCCUUGCCUUACCCAGCAUCUGGGCACCCUACCAUCCGGCGCCGAGCAAUAGUUCGUUACUUUUAGCAUUAGAAAGAAGAUAAGCGAUUUUGACGUGAAGAAUACUUGAAAAAUAAGUCACGGCAAAUAUGUCACAAAUGUCACAAUUAUAAAUCAUAUACGAUCAUUUUCAUUAUUUUGCUUUCAUAAGUAAUAGUUGCUGAUUUUUAAAAGACUACUUUCAAUAAAAAGACAUGUCAGAAUUGCUUACCGAAUUCUAAUGCUAAAAAAACGAAUAUAUACGCUAUAUAGUUCUUCGUGUUUGUCUUCAGCAGCAGUAUCGGAAUACAUAGUAACGAUUCACCAUUAAAAAAUCACCCUGUAUAUUGACGUUAAGUACCAUAACGAUCUGGAAAUGGACAGGAAAAUGUCAGUGUAAGGUGUCAAUAGAGAUUUUUUCAGAAUUAUUUCACAGUCACACCAUGCACAAAAUAUAGCACCAGAAAAUUAAAGACUACAGCAAAACGUAGACAGCAGUUAUUUAUUGACAAAAUUCAAUCGGAUAUUCAAAUAAUUUUUAAGAAAAAAAACGACUUCAAUGAGGGAGACCGGUGAAAGAAAGAGUAUUGUUGACUUUGGAUUUCAUACAAUGAAAUUAAAAAGACAGCGUCUUCUACGCCUAAUUAUGUAGAAAAGGAGGUAAAAUGAUUUUUUUGCCACUGCACCCACCUUGACACAUUUCAGAUUUGCCCUAUGGUUGACUGGUAAUCUUACCAGAGCCGCAAUAGGGUAGGUAUUCGACUGUAUUUAAAAUAAAUUAUUCACAACAUGCAUAUAUUUUUAAACGCAAGUUCUAUUUAAUAAAUAGGAAAGACAUAUAAAAAUAUUAUAAUAAUAAAAAUGGCUAUAAGUAUGCUUAAAAGAGUUGAGAAGUUCCCUCAAUUCCUCAUGGAAUCCAUUGUUGCAAAAUGUUGUUCGGCGAAUCGUUGUCUGCGAAUUAAUUGUCGGAGAAUCAUUAGGUACCCACGCAACUGUCACAGUGGCACUAAUAUGGAAGAGUGAUAGAGAGAGAGAUGACUACGCUACGCUACGCGGCCUGUUGUCAUAUAAAUUCCACAGUGGCUAAUCGUUUUGACGUUUGAGUUCGAACAAAAAUAAACUGAUUUGACUAGCAGGAAAGUACCUUAUUGUCAACGUGGUGAAAUAGAUCCCCGGUUACAAACACUUAAUACAAAUACUUUAUUUUCGAAAAUUAAUUGAUUUAUUCUCAAACUUUACUAACUCACGUGCCCGCGUUUUGCCCCCUCGAGUGCGAUGUUAUGCUAAUGACUUAAUGAGUUGCUUUAUGAUUGGUCAUCUCGCAUUAUUGUUCGUUUACGGGACAACCUGUAUAAAAGUAGGCGUUGAUUGUUACUUUAUUUGUUAAACUAUCCAAUAUCUAUAUGUUACUAGUUAAAGUAGAUAAGUAGGUAUUUGUCAUAUCACUAUCAUAUACCAAAUAAAUGAAGAAGACGAAAGAAUCCAAUGAAUAAUAA